GGCUGAAAGGGGGAGGCGUUUCCCAGAAGAGGAGGAGAGCCUCAGGCUGAGGAGUCCAGGACUGGGAAAGAUGGAGGAGCCUCGGAGAUGGAGAGCUGACACAUCACAGAGAAGGUCUUCUUCCUGAUCAGAAACUUCCCUGAGGACUCCACGCUGUGAAGAUGUAGAUCGUCCAUUCUCCAGAUGAGUCCAGCAAUGAGCUCCUCUGCUGCGUUGCCAUGGUGCUGGCUGAUCCUCUUGAGCUCCGCCCCCUUUUCCGUGAACUCUUCGAACAUCACGCUGCUGUUUGACAGCCCCCCCUACAGUCAGAGUCUGCGUAACUGCAGCUGCUCUGCGCCCGUCCAGGACUGCGAUGAGCACCUGGCUACCUCUCAGUGCCAGUGCCACCCUGUCCUGCGCUCGUCCCUGCGCCCCGGUGGGCUCCGGCCCCCCGGGCCCCUACACGUCUGGUUCAAGGAGCUGUGGGUCCUGGAGGAGCUCCUGAACGGCAGCGCCGUGUCCCAGCUCAGCUUGUCCUUCUGCGGAGAACAGAGACUACACAGCCAGCAGGUCGUUCUGCUGGGUCUGCGGACCCUCAGGAUCCACAGUGCGGCCCCCGGAGCUCCACACCCCAAUCAGGAGAUCAGCGUGUUUCCAGGCUCAGGAGCCGUGGGGGGGCUCUCCUUCGACCCGUCCCCUCCCUCACACAUCAGCCUUGUCGAUGUGGACGUCUUCAACGGGGUCUCCGCCCUGAAGGCCUACACUGUUGUUGGGCCCCCGGCUGCUGCGGUCUCCCAGCACUUCCCCCUGCUGGUGCUGCCCCUCACUCAGCCCCAGACUGGGUCAUCGGACAGCGCUGUGACCCCCAGUGACCCCGGGUCAGGACCGCAGAGGCUGCUCUUUACAUUCAUCUACUAACGGAGUCCAGAUCUGUGGAUACUACUGAGGCCCAAAGGGUUUUGAUCAAUAAACGAGGACUGGGGGGGGGGGGGGUUGUCUUCCACAUUUGACUCCUCCCCUGGUGGAGCGGUGAGCUGCAGACACAGCUGGAUUGGGAACCAUUUGGUGGUUUAACCUUCAAUCCAACCCCUUACAGAAGGACACUCGGUCCCAUCUCUAGAGUCUCCGAGUCGGCUCUGGAUUUGAACUCACGACUUUCCAGUCUCAGGUCACUGAACUGGACAAAUACAUGAAAAUGACGACAUUGAGGACACCAUAGAUCUGGUCUUGAUCCGGUCCAAGGACCUCAUUCUGGACUCUGAUGUUCUCGUGUAGAUGUGUAGAUAGUUGGGACACGUGCACGCUCCUGACGCUGUUGGAUGAGCGUUAUUUAUGAUAUAAAAUGAUUGAACAGACGCACUCUGACAGACUCAGACAGACGAGGUUCUCAAACAGAGACCUGAAACGGUUCCAUCAGUCAGAGGACAGUAUCAUCUGCAAACACAGAGAUGCUGCUGCAUGUAGAACCCUGUAGAACGUUCUUCUGAAAUAUUCUCAUUCUGUAUAUUUGAAAUGUUGAUUUAAUUUGCAAAUAAACUACAACAUCAAUGACAUUUUCAUGCUGACAAAGUAAAUAAAAUGCUACAGUCGAUAUUUCUAAUUGUAUAGACUGAAUCUGGACCAUGCUAACCUCAUGGAGAACAUCUUCAUGAUCUGCUAUAGAGGAGCUGAGUCUGGUCCAAGAUG